AUGGCACUUUCCCGGCAUACACCCGACGGCAAGACUGCCACCGCAACCGCCGUGACUAAGAAGUUCGAUGUCCCAACUCCGCCGCUGAACUGCUGCGUCACGUGCCUAGCGAGACUCAUCAGGAAACUAAAGCGAAAAGGAAGGUUGUUGCUGUCGACGACCGCGGCUCGGAAACAAGUGAGCUCGUUGCAAUGUCGGUACGAUCCAAUGAGCUAUUCACUGAACUUUGACGGAGGCGCGUGUAGUACACUUCCCGAGGAUGAGGAUUACUAUUUUCGGUUUUAUGCGUUUUCUUCAAGAUACGUUACCAAUAAUACUGUCAAGAAGAGACCACCACUUCCUCGUUGA